AUGGCUGCGUGGAGGCAUGCCCUCGCGGCCGGAAGCAUCGUGAUGCUUGUCUCGGCAGCGGCGGCAGCUCGGCCAACAGUAGGAGGGCCUGGUCGGAAUAGGGCCGGUGGCGGGAAGCCCGAGUUUGUAGAGCCGUGGGGAGAUGCUGGCGGACGCGUGCUUCGGUCCGGUGAGAGGCGGUCGUGA